CAGGGCCCAUGCAAUGGGACCCGUUGGCGCCGCAGGCGGCGCCGGGCUCCACGAUCCACUCGACUCGGUGCGCCGAUUCAUCAACUCCGCAUCAGCAUUCCACCAGGAUCAGCGUCCGGAUCAGCUCCUGCCUCUGCAAGUCAAGUGGUAUGGGGCUGCUCGAUCUCAUCUCCAAGGGGCAUGCAGCCGUCGACGCUGCCGAUGGGAACGGACGAGCAGGGGAGAUCCCGUCGAUCCGAUGGCGGAAGGGCAAGACGAGAGGCUCCAGUGCCUUCGGCCAGGUCUACCUCGAUCGGGAUGAAUCUGGACACCAGCAAGCUCCUCACAGUAAAUCAGCUUUGGUCGGGAGCACCAACGCCACCUGGGAAAAAGCCCAAGUGAGUAGCACUUCCCCAACUAAUUUAGUUGUUGAGAUUUUCCUUCAUCUGAGGUGAUUUAUUGCUCUUGUUUCUACGAUUGGGCGCAUAUAAG